CGCAAGACCUUAGCUCUACACAAAUCUAUUGUGGCACUCAGCAAGAUAAUACAGUCAGUCAAGAGGGCACUAGAUACGAGAACGUUUCUGGCCACAUUAACUGGAUGGUACAAGUAGCAAAGCAUGGUUUGAAAGCUAUGAGAUUGCAAGAAAGGCUUAAAGAUGACAAGCAG